AUGGAAGUAGAAGCAAGAGCAUGGACAGCGCAAUUGGCCAAAGCAGAAGCUGAUAUUCUACAAGCUUCGCAAAAGCUAGAGAAAGAAUUCAAGGAGAGAAACCGAAACUCUUUGCAGAAUGGUGGACAAGAAAUUCCGGAUCCUAUCAAAUUAGUACGUCGACUCACAGCCCUAGAAUUGGCGCUUGAAAAUUUGAAGAAUGACUGCGAAUUCAUUGCCACGAAACGAACUGAGAUUGUAAAGUCAGUCAUGGAGACGCAGGUCAAAAAUGUGACUCAAGUUCAAGAGAUGCUAGGCUUGACUGACCGCAAGACCAUGCCAUUCCGACGAUCGAUUGAGGAACCGGACGAGGACGAUGGGACUCUCGCAGAUUUGACGCAGAAAAUGACAUAUCAAUGUGACUUUCUAGUCGACGCGAAUGAGGCAUGUUGA